AUGGCCUCAUACGCAAUCACCGGAGCCUCCAAGGGCAUUGGCCUCGAAUACGUGCGUCAACUCGCCGCCAACAAAGACAACACAGUCCUGGCUAUUGUGCGCAAUCCCGAGUCGCAAGGAAUUUCUGAGCUUGCCACCAGACAUCCCAAUGUCCAUGCUAUUAAGGGCGACGUCACAGACCCAAAGUCCAUUCUCGAUGCCGCUUCGGCCGCAGCUGCCAUCACAGGCGGGAAGCUUGAUGUUCUCAUCCACAACUCGAACGCCGUUGAUAUGGCUGCCAUGGGCCUCAAUCCGUCCCAAAUUCCCUUCGAUGCUGAAGCCACUCGGAAGAUUUUUGAGCCAUCGCUUAGCACAGGGGUUUAUGGAGGUCUAUGGGCGACCAAUGCCUUCCUUCCCCUGAUCGAGAAGGGCACCCAGAAGAAGAUUGUACAUAUCUCCAGCGCCAUGGCGGACUUGGAUCUCAUCAUCAAGUCAGGAGUCAGCUACGCUGUCGCGUACUCCGUCUCGAAAGCUGGAAUGAAUGUGCAAGUUGCCAAGUACGCAGCGGAGCUUGCGCCUAAAGGAAUCAAGGUGCUUGCUUUGAGCCCUGGAUGGGUUGAUACGUGGGAAGGCGAGAAACCGGCCGAAUUAAUUCAAGCGCUUGCCGGUAUGCUGUCGCAGUUUCAGGCAGUGGAGCCAGGACUCACGGGGCAAAUCCAGCCCGAGGAAAGUGUUCGAAAGGGUCUUCAAGUAAUUGAGAAGCUGGAUGCUGAAUCUAGCGGCUUGUUCUUGAGUCAGAAUGGAAACCAGACAAACUGGUUCUGA